AAACUUUCACAUUUUAAAAGAACCCAAACAAAAAAGUAGAAAAUACUGAAUUGCUCUGAACAUGGAAGUGAAUCCUGCCCAGACAGUGAAAGGCCACUGAGUGUCCGAGCUGCCAUGUAUUCACUGAUGGCUGGAGCCAUCUUCAUCACGGUCUUUGGCAAUCUUGCCAUGAUAAUUUCCAUUUCCUACUUCCAGCAGCUUCACACACCAACCAACUUCCUCAUCCUCUCCAUGGCGGUCACUGAUUUCCUCUUGGGAUUCACCAUCAUGCCAUAUAGUAUGAUCAGAUCGGUAGAGAACUGCUGGUAUUUUGGGCUUACAUUUUGCAAGAUUCAUUACAGUUUUGACCUGAUGCUUAGCAUAACGUCCAUUUUCCAUCUCUGUUCGGUGGCCAUUGACAGAUUUUAUGCUAUCUGUUACCCCUUACAGUAUGCCACCAAGAUGACAAUUCCAGUCAUUAGACAGUUGCUAGUUCUCUGCUGGUCGGUCCCUGGAGCAUUUGCAUUUGGAGUGGUCUUCUCGGAGGCCUAUGCUGAUGGAAUAGAAGGCUAUGAUAUCUUGGUGGCCUGCUCCAGUUCUUGCCCAGUGAUGUUCAACAAGCUGUGGGGCACCACCUUGUUCACGGCAGGUUUCUUCACUCCUGGGGCUGUGAUGGUUGGGAUUUAUGGCAAAAUUUUUGCAGUAUCCAGAAAACAUGCUCAUGCAAUCAAUAACUUGCCAGAAAGUCAAAAUAAUCAGAUGAGGAAAGACAAGAAAGCAGCCAAAACAUUAGGAAUCGUGAUGGGUGUUUUUUUAGUAUGUUGGUUUCCCUGUUUUGUCACAAUUUUAUUGGAUCCCUUUUUGAAUUUCUCUACUCCCGUAGUUUUGUUUGAUGCUUUGACAUGGUUUGGCUAUUUUAACUCCACAUGCAAUCCCUUAAUAUACGGUUUCUUCUAUCCCUGGUUUCGCAGAGCGCUGAAGUACAUUUUGCUCGGUAAAGUUUUCAGCUCACAUUUCCAUACUACUAAUUUGUUUAUUGACAAAGAAACUGAAUAG